AUGAGGGUCCAUGCUAGCAGCACCGACGACGACCGAGUCUUGGACUCUAUCAAGCCAGAGGCAGAUGACUCAGUCCCUUCUCUGUUGGAAGAUCACAUUGAGCGUGGUCUAAAGUUACAGGAACCCGACGGAUACUCAGACGUCCGGAAUGCCAUCAAUGACUUUCCUCAGGAAUACUAUGUGAACGGCGUCUUUUCUCUACCAGCGGACGAGCCCGGUACUUUUUCGUCGCUUCCAAGCCCAAGUACCACAAACCUCAAGGAGAUUGAGUCUAUUCUCCAAGCAAUGGGCUCAGACGAGGAAGAUCAACUUUCAGAUUUUAUCGUGUCUGAGUGCUACAUUGACAAGAUGGUCUCUGUUCUCAAGACCUGCGAGGAUGCGGAUCUCCUCUCCAGUCUGCAAACUCUCCGAGCCAUCCUUGUCCACUUGAUCCAACUCGGUGAUCCGUCAAUCGUAGAUGAAGUUAUCAAGGACGAAACAUUCGAGGGGUGCAUCGGGAUCUUGGAAUACGAGCCUGACUUGCUGGAUGAAAAGUCACAGUACCGGUUGAUCUACUCACAGCGCGCCAAUUUCAAGGAAGUUGUGCCGUUUAACGAUGUGCGAGUAGUACCAUGGAUCCACCAGGUGUUCCGGCUCCAGUUUAUCAAGGAUGUCGCUCUGAUCAGGCACCUGGAAGAAGGACCGAAGUCGCUCCUGGAGUUUUUUAUCAACCGCAGGACCAUCAAGAUUAUCCAGAAUCUCCUGGCGGAUCGUCCAUUUCUGAAAGAGCUCUUCGAUCUACUCAAGGAUACAUCGGCGUCCCUGUAUCGGCGACAGGAUGUCGUUCUUUUCAUGCAUCAGUUCUGUUCUAUGGCCAAGAAAACAGGAGCCGGGGGCAUUUAUAGGCUCUUCCAGCAGGGUCUAUUCAGCUUGCUCGAAUUCGCGUUUGCGUCUGACUGCGUCCGAGUCAAGCAGGCGGGUACAGAUAUCCUUUUAAUGGCUCUGGAAGACAGCUCAGGAUCCAUCCGGACUCACAUUGUUGAGCAGGCCAGGGGCAAGAGCAACAAAGCAUUCCUUGACGGCGUCAUCAACCAGUUUCUUACGGAGAAUGACGCGAGCCUCAUGUCCCAGCUCACAGAAAUCAUUAGAGUUUUGGUGGAUAUUGAUCCUGAAUCUGCAGACGACAAUGGCUUGGGCAUGCUGGUUGGAGCACCCUUCUCUGUUGUGAAUUCGUCGCGCUUGGACCCUGACGCUGAUCAGUUUCUGGAUCUGUUCUAUACACAAUAUUGCAGUACCCUGGUCGCGCCAGUUCUGCAGUUGACGAGAACCUCGACCUCGCUGGAUCGCCCUUCAUCUGCUCGGUGCGCAAACAUUUGCAUGCUGAUGUCAUUCAUCAUUCGACAGCACCCAACACGCACCAAGGUUCUACUCUCUUCAAGUCGCCUCAUGGAAAAAAUUUGCAUUCUCUUAAGGAACAAGGAGAAGCAUUUGCGUCUCAUGGCGAUAAAGUUUUUCCGGACGUGUCUUGGCCUCGAAGAUGACUACUUCAACAGAAUCCUGAUCAAGAACAAGGUCAUUCAUGGAGUUGUUAGUGUGCUUCAAGAUACCAAUGGCAAGAACGAUCUCCUUAACUCGGUCUGCCUCGAGUUCUUCAGCUUCAUUCGAGAUAAGAACAACAAGAUGUUGGUGUCGCACUGCGCAACGGUUCAUAAGAGCGCCCUGGAAGAGAUCAACUACACGUCCAUUUUUAAAACCCUGCUGGCUCUGCAUGAAAACGACAGUAACAGUAGCGGCAGCAGCAGCAGCAGCAGUGGCGACGCAAUGCCUGGAUCCUCGUUGAAAACACUGUGGGGCAGUCAAAGUCGACUCUUCCCAGGCAUGCGGCUUCCAUUGUUUCCAGGCUCAGUCAACGACGACAAGGCUGAUUCAGCAGAGGGGGCGUUUUUAUCAGACCCUGCCGCUCCCCACUUGCUGCAGGAUCCAGAAGCGCACGAUGCUGAGAUAACCAAUGCCACUGUCGUCGAAGAGACGUCGUCAUCGACCGCGAAACCAGCACAGUCGGAGGAGGUCAGUCCAGUGAGCUCUAUAUCGUCAUCUCUUCUGUCACCAUUACCUUCAGUGGAGUUAUGGUCGGAAAUUGUAUUUCUUAAGGCUGGCGAGAGUAGAGACGGAGGCGAGAGUAGAGACGGAGGCGAGAGGCAAGGUAUGGAGGCCAACUCUGAAGCCGCUCGUCUAAAGUCGGAACUCGCAAUUGGGUUGAACGAGAGCGGUGCCGCCGAGACGGGACUUGUGGCCAAGCGGAAGCGGGAGGACGAGGAUGAUCCUGAUCUCGGUGAUGCAGACGCUCGAGCGCAACCACGACUCAGGCUGGAUGCGAUAUUUCUCAAGGCUGGCGAGGGCAGAGACGGAAGUGGGACGCAAGAUACGGAGGUCAACUCUGAAGCCAGUCGUCUGAGGUCGGAACUCGUAAUUGGAUUGAACGACAGUGGUGCCGCCGAGACAGGGCUUGUGACCAAGCGGAAGCGGGAGGACGAGGAAGAUCCUGACCUCGGUGAUGCAGACACUCGAGCACAACCACGACUCAGGCUGGAUGCGGUUGUGCCUGAAACCACCGAGCAGCCUCUUGCAGAAGAUCAGGAUCACGGCUCUCCAGUCGAUCGCAGCAGCAACUUGGAUGAACAGAGUGACAGAGCUGACAGUAACAGCUUGACAGCCCCAAGCGAUCUCAGUAAUGUUUUGAAUCGCGACAAAAACAUCAUGGAUGGUCUAAGCAACAACGACAACUGA